GGUCCUUGCCUCCUAGAAACUGGAGUGUGGGGGAUAGGCCAUGUAUCAAGCAAGUGGCCAGAUAAAUGAAUAUAUAAUUGUGGCUGUGAUAAGGGCAAGGCCUGUGGAGCAGAGGAAUCUUGGAGGAGUGUAGGAGGUGUCUGGGCAUGAAGCUAGAGGAAGGUGUGCCAGGCAGGAAGAGAGUCUGCAGAUGCGGAUGUCGAGGUCCAGAGAAAGGGAGCAGCUCGCCUAGACACGGAGCAGGGGCGGCGGAGCAGGGUCUUUAGGCCAAAACCCCGGAUACUACAGCUUGUGUCUGUGCUGGGCCCCCAGACUGCUCCCCAGAUCCACUGGGGUGGCCCUGCUACCUAUCAGCCAGGACCAUGGGCAGCAACAAGAGCAAACCCAAGGACGCCAGCCAGCGGCGCCGCAGCCUGGAGCCCACCGAGAACGUGCACGGGGCGGGGGGCGCCUUCCCGGCUUCACAGACACCGAGCAAGCCGGCCUCCGCCGAUGGCCACCGCGGGCCCAGCGCCGCCUUCGUGCCCCCCGCGGCCGCCGAGCCCAAGCUCUUCGGAGGCUUCAACUCCUCGGACACUGUCACCUCCCCGCAGAGGGCGGGGCCUCUGGCAGGUGGGGUGACCACCUUUGUGGCCCUCUAUGACUAUGAGUCACGGACAGAGACUGACCUGUCCUUCAAGAAAGGGGAGCGGCUGCAGAUUGUCAAUAACACAGAGGGAGACUGGUGGCUGGCACACUCGCUGAGCACAGGACAGACCGGUUACAUCCCCAGCAACUAUGUGGCGCCCUCCGACUCCAUCCAGGCUGAGGAGUGGUACUUUGGCAAGAUCACUAGACGGGAAUCAGAGCGCCUACUUCUCAACGCCGAGAACCCGAGAGGGACCUUCCUCGUGAGGGAGAGCGAGACCACUAAAGGUGCCUACUGCCUCUCUGUAUCCGACUUCGACAAUGCCAAGGGCCUAAAUGUGAAACACUACAAGAUCCGGAAACUGGACAGCGGCGGGUUCUACAUUACCUCCCGCACCCAGUUCAACAGCCUGCAGCAGCUCGUAGCCUACUACUCUAAACAUGCUGAUGGCCUGUGUCACCGCCUCACUACCGUGUGUCCCACAUCCAAGCCUCAGACCCAAGGCCUGGCCAAGGAUGCGUGGGAGAUCCCCCGGGAGUCCCUGCGGCUGGAGGUUAAGCUGGGCCAGGGCUGCUUCGGAGAGGUGUGGAUGGGGACCUGGAACGGCACCACGAGGGUGGCCAUCAAAACCCUGAAGCCAGGCACCAUGUCUCCGGAGGCCUUCCUGCAGGAGGCCCAAGUCAUGAAGAAACUGCGGCAUGAGAAACUGGUGCAGCUGUACGCCGUGGUGUCGGAAGAACCUAUUUACAUCGUGACAGAGUACAUGAACAAGGGGAGUCUGCUGGACUUUCUCAAGGGGGAAACGGGUAAAUACUUGAGGCUGCCGCAGCUGGUCGACAUGUCUGCUCAGAUCGCUUCAGGCAUGGCCUAUGUGGAACGGAUGAACUAUGUGCACCGGGACCUCCGAGCCGCCAAUAUCCUGGUUGGGGAGAACCUGGUGUGCAAGGUGGCCGACUUUGGGCUGGCCCGGCUCAUAGAAGACAACGAAUACACAGCCCGGCAAGGUGCCAAAUUCCCCAUCAAGUGGACCGCCCCUGAAGCUGCCCUGUACGGCAGGUUCACCAUCAAGUCGGACGUGUGGUCCUUUGGGAUCCUGCUGACCGAACUCACCACUAAGGGACGAGUACCCUAUCCUGGGAUGGUGAACCGCGAGGUCCUGGACCAGGUCGAGCGAGGUUACCGGAUGCCUUGUCCCCCCGAGUGCCCCGAGUCCCUGCAUGACCUCAUGUGCCAGUGUUGGCGGAAAGAGCCUGAGGAGCGGCCCACCUUCGAGUACCUGCAGGCCUUCCUGGAAGACUACUUUACAUCCACCGAGCCGCAGUACCAGCCCGGGGAGAACCUAUAGGAACUGUGUGCGCAGAACUGUCACCUCUAGGCUCCCGUGUGUUGCCUCUGAUGCACCUGCCUCCCUUCAUCCUCUCUCUGGGGCUCAGUUGCCACCUCGGCAGUGCCCCUUUUGGAGCAUGGAAGGGCUUCAGGGACAGAGCAGCCUGGAAGGACAGGUUGAGGCUGGUACAGUGACUGUCCCAUGCCUGCCCUGGCCACAGGUUCUCUCUGCAUUCUCUCUGGAGUUAGCCUGCUUCUCGCAGGACACACUGGUGACGAGCAGAGCUGAGGAGUAGUUUUCCAACCUCAACUCACUCCACUCCCUGGCUCCUCCCCACUUUCUUCACCCUGGGUCUGUUUUAAGCUGGCCGAAGAGCCUUUCCAAAGAGGAAUAAGGCCCAGUCACUGGCCUAUAUAUACUUCCUGCCCCUGGCCGUCCUAUUGGAGGCUUCUGGGUGGAACAUUGGGUCUACAACCCUCUUCCAUGGCCCUCAGGCAAGACAGCCCAGGGCCCAACACCAGUUGGGAUGAGUGUCAGAGGGAGCACUCCCUCAGCCCCGUCCUCCACGAGGGACCCUUGAGAUCACCGACACGUCACCCUCAUUUCUCUGUUGGAAAAACUGAAUCCAGGAGGGGCUGUGACCUGCCCAAGAACGAGGGCAGUUUAGGGUUGAGGUGGGCUUGGCACCCGGUGCUCCCUCUGUCUUCCUCAGGAACUAACGAGAACUGCCCUCCAAGGCAGUGGGCAAGCUGGGGCCCGAGAGUGGCUUCACGUCGGCAGGGUUCUGCUGCCACUGGUACUCCUGGGUCUGUCACAGGGGACCAGGCAAGCAGGAGGCUGAGCUAGAAGCGAGGGGUAGAAAGCGAGGAUGUGGAACAGGCUUCCGUGUCGAUGUAGGCAGGCUUUGACUUGAGAGCCAGCUGUGACGUGACCGAGCUCCUGGGCUGCGGAGGCAGUCGGGUAGAAGAGGAAUAGCUGAGAAGUGGGAGCCCCGCUCCCCCAAUUGUCCUGAUCAUUUCAACACCCGGCCCUUGCUCGCCCGCCCAUGCCGGGACUCCCUCACUCACAGGGAGGGAGGGCAAGGACCCUCACUGCUGUGCACCGACACUGACCCCGCCCUCCCUACACUAUACUCUGCCCCCCGGGACUGUGGCUUCUUCACUGCUCAGUGUCCGUAUAGAUAGACCCACAGCUAGGCAUCCAGGCCCUGGAGCAGCAGACAGCUGACUGCUUGGUCCCUGGCUCUUCUGCCCAGCCUUAGGAUAUGUGGUGGCUUCUCUCUGCCUCAGUGUCCCUAUCUGUAAGAUGGGCAGUUGAUGAUUAGUGGUAUCUCAAUCAAGGGUCCCUGUGUGUGUGUGUGUGUGUGUGUGUGUGUGUACACAUGUGCCUGUGUGUCUUCCCUUGUGUCCAUAUUUAACAUGUAAGAACAUCCCUACUCUGUCCCCAGACAUGAUCAUUUCACCCACUGCCCCAUCACAGCAAUAAUGUCCCCGCCGCCACCGCCACCGGGGAUCCGAGCCAGCCAGGCCCUGCUCGCAGGGAAGGAUGCCAAGCAGGGCCUGCCCUGACAUUUCCACUUUGCUCCCGUAGUCGUCUGCCCAUGUCUGCCCAUGCACCCGGCGGGCCUGAGCUUGCCACUGGAUGCUUCCUGCCCGAAGCCCAAGGACCUUUGUGUACGGUGGCCUCAACUAUCUGGCUUUCUUUUUUUUUUUUUUUUUUUUUUCUUUUUAACAGUGUUUUGUAGAUUUCAGAUGACUAUGCAGAGGCCUUGGGGACCCCUCAGCUCUGGGCAGGGCCUGGGGCUCCCACAUUCCAUGGCCCAGGCUUGGGGGAGGGGAACCCAGACUGGUUGUACAUACUUUGCAUACCGUCUGAUUAAACACAAACAGACCUCA